GCUAUUUAGACGCUCUCUCAACCUCGAGAAGGCAGAGCCUCGGCUCAGCUGACACUUGGAAACGAUUUUUGCUGCAUUUAAGAUCGAAGACAAAAAAUGUCUCCGUUCUUAGCUGCCAUCUUUUUGUUCAGCCUGGACGUGGCAAACGCCAUUAACUUCACAACCGUCUACGAGUGGGACAAAUUCGAUUUCAUCUGGCCAUCAGGAGCGGACACUUCAAUCGGACAGAUAAAAGAUGAAUACAAGCCAGGCAAUGUUUAUCUUGACUACAUGGCUAUUUUUGGAGAAAGGCUCUUUAUUAGCCAUGAUAUGGGUUUUCCCGGAAUUCCCGCCUCCCUGGUGUGGCUGCCAACGAGCGGCACGUCGACUGCACCUCCAAAGCUUGCUCCUUUCCCAUCCUGGGAAUUUCAUAAAAAAGACAUGUGCGAAUCUAUUCAAAAGGCCAAAGGAAUGGAAAUGGACGCUGAUGGUCGGUUGUGGGUGCCUGAUGACGGUAACGGCAGAUGUCGGCCCAAACUUUGGAUUUUCGACCUGGUCAACAACGACACAACCGAGCGCGUUCACCAGUUUCCGGACACAGUCAUCUCUGGUUCAAGGUACCUGCGUGACAUCGUGCUUGACAAAUCGCCAGACGAUUCUCUUGCCUACAUCGCGGACUCUUAUUCUGAGCACCUCAUAGUUUACAGCCGAAAAAUGGACAAAUCCUGGUCCGUUAAAACACCAGGGAGAAAAUGGGAAUCCUUGGCCCUCUCUCCCAACAGGGGAGCGAGAAAGUUGUACCUUGGAAGAUAUGGUUCCAGAGAAAUGUACUCGGUGUCUGUGUCUGAGCUGAAGAACGGAGGUGGAAGCGCCGCUGCUGUUAAUUUCAUCGGAAAAUGGACUGAAUACCCUUACAGAAUGCUAAUCGACUGCGCCAAUGUCUUGUAUGCCGCCUUUAGAUACGAGAAUUACGUCUCCAAAUGGAAUAUUUCGGAGCCCUUUCUUGAACAGCGAUUUUAUGAGGUCGGAGAACUGGGUGCUCUUUGGCCAUUUACUUUUGCUUUGGACACGAACGGCACUUUCUGGAUGACGCAGCGAAACGAAGCUAAGGGUUGGUCUAAGUCUAGGCAUAAACUUCUCAAAGCUGCAGUCGGCGCCAGAUCGUAUUUAUUCGACACGUCCACAGACUUGAAAUUGCGUGGCUGACUUUGAAGAUGAGAAGAAUGGACACCAUUUUGAUGCAGAUUUCGAUGGACAACUUCGUUUUCCCGGACAGCAAACAAUUUUCUAAUAUAAAAUUAAUUUUUUUCUAUUUUAACAUUGGGGUAGUUCAAAACACAUUGAGAUGAUUAUAACGCUUUAUGGUUUAUCGCCUUUUUCAACAUAAUAAUCUUUUUUCUUAAGAAUAGCUCAAGGAAAAUAAAAAUAUAUGUAUUGCAUUAUUCCCUAUAUAAUUAAAUUGUUGUUUUUUUCUAAUC